AAGAGAGGCGGGCAGAUGAAGAUCGUCCCCACGAAGAUCAGGAAACUGUGGAGUGCGGAUGAAAUCCGCAUCCUGGUCCUCCUCAGCCUCGGCUUCCAGAUCGUCCUCAUCUUCGUCUCCCUCUUCCGGAAGCGGUACCAGAACAGGCCGUUGAGCUUCAUCCUCUGGACUUCCUACCUGGGCGCCGACUACGUCGCCGCCUUGGCGCUCGGCAACCUCCUCAACGACCAGACCGAGGCGAGCGAACAGAACAUCAACGGCGACCUCACCGCCUUCUGGGCUCCCUUCCUCCUCCUCCACCUCGGCGGCCCCGACACUAUCACCUCCUACUCCCUGGAGGACAACGAGCUGUGGCUGCGCCACCUGCUCGGGCUGGUUCUCGAGGUCUCCGUGGCCAUCCUGGUGUUCCUCGAGUCGCUGCCGAACCCACACCUGUGGAAAGUCGCUAUCGUGGUGUUCACCGCCGGAAUACUCAAGUACGCAGAGCGGACGCUGGCGCUGCGGUCGGCCAGCAUGGGCCAGCUGAGGCAAUCGAUGAUCAACGACACGCCUAACAUCCUCAAGUUCAUGCGGGAGUAUCAUUCUCGUGUUACAAGUGGGCUGAACGUACAUAUCAUGAUAGAUAAAGAACCAAUGCCCCUCCCUCCGACAUUUAAAAUAUCAGAGCCCCUCCCUCCCACAGAAGAACCCUUUAAAAUAUCCGAAGAGGCGACCAUAUUAUCUGCAUAUCGCUUCUUAGACACCGUCAAGCGCCUCGCCAUGGACCUCUGGCUUGGAUUCCAGGAUCGAAGAGACGGCCAAACAUUUUUUCUGCAUCUCGAUGCCUGCCGGGCUUUCCAAGUGGUGGAGGUGGAGCUCUCUUUACGGCCAAACGAAAAAGCAGCUUGCCGGAAGCUGCUGGAAGUGCUGGAUCCUUUACUCGAACCCGUAGAGGUGAAAGGGAGCAGGAGCACGUCGGUACUGUUCGAUGCAUGCAAGCUCGCAAAUGACCUAAACGAGUCGAAGAUGAGCAGGCCGUGGAUCGUCAUCAGUGCCGUGUGGGUGGAGAUGUUGUGCUAUGCGGCCAGCAACUGCAACUCGUAUGCUCACGCCAAGCAGCUGAGCCAGGGCGGAGAACUCCUCACCCAUGUCUGGUUACUCAUGGCUCACAUGGGAAUUGCUGAACAAUACAGGAUCGAAGGAGGCGAUGCCAGGGCAAAAUUUGUAGUCGAGAUCGGAGGAGAAGGCGUAAGAAAGAGAGGCGGGCAGAUGAAGAUCGUCCCCACGAAGAUCAGGAAACUAUGGAGUGUGGAAGAAAUCCGCAUCCUGGUCCUCCUCAGCCUCGGCUUGCAGAUCGUCCUCAUCUUCGUCUCCCUCUUCCGGAAGCGGUGCCAGAACAGGCUGUUGAGCUUCAUCCUCUGGACUUCCUACCUGGGCGCCGACUACGUCGCCGCCUUGGCGCUCGGCAACCUCCUCAACGACCAGACCGAGGCGAGCGAACAGAACAUCAACGGCGACCUCACCGCCUUCUGGGCUCCCUUCCUCCUCCUCCACCUCGGCGGCCCCGACACUAUCACCUCCUACUCCCUGGAGGACAACGAGCUGUGGCUGCGCCACUUUCUGGGGCUGGUGCUCGAGGUCUCCGUGGCCAUCCUGGUGUUCCUCGAGUCGCUGCCGAGCCCCCACUUGUGGAAAGUCGCCAUCGUGGUGUUCACCGCCGGAAUCCUCAAGUACGCGGAGCGGACGCUGGCGCUUUGGUCGGCCAGUAUGGACCGGCUGAGGGAAUCCAUGAUCAGCGACCCGGAUCCCGGGCCUAACUACGUCAAGUUCAUGCAGGAGUAUCACUCUCGUGUUACUGCGGGGCUGAACGCAAACAUCGAGACAGAGAAAGAGCCACGGCCCCCCCUUCCCAAAGAUAAACCCGAAAAAAGAACCGACAAGGAGAUCAUAUUCGGUGCCUAUCGCUUCUUCCCGACCGUCAAGCGGCUCACUGUGGAUCUCAUGCUCAGUUUCCAGGAUCGGAUCGAGAGCCAAACCUUCUUUCUGACGCUCGAAGCCACCCGGGCUUUCUUCAUGGUCGACGUGGAGCUCUCUUUACUGCACGACAUCCUCCACACCAAAGCCGUCCGUGUCCAUACCCUACGAGGUCGCCUGGUGCGAGCCUUGUCGCUCUCCUUGGUAGUCCUCGCCUUCGUGCUCUUCCACCGUAGCGGGAGGCAUAAUUUUAGCGAAGCCGACGUCAUCAUAACUUACAUCCUUCUUCUUGUCGCUCUUGGGCUCGAGGCCAUCGCCGCUGUCCUGCUCGUAUUCUCGGACUGGACCAUCGUCGCGCUGCAGGACAGCGGCAAGCUGGAGAGGCCCUUCAUCGCUCGCCUGAAAAAAAUCAUCAGGUUUUUAAAAUUGGAUCUUGCAAUCGUCAAAUUUCGUGGUGGCACAAGGUGGUCGAAUUCCAUGAGGCAGUGCAACCUACUAUGCAUCUGCCUCGAAGAUUACAAGCAAACCACGUUCACAAGAAUACUGCAUUUCCUCGGAUUGAAAGAACUGUGGGAUAGCAAUCGGCCCGUGGAAAAUACCAUCGUAGGGGAUGAUCAGAAGACGCUCAUCUUCGAGGAACUGAAGAAGAAAACAUACGGCGCCGAGGGAGACUCCACCGAGUACAAGCGAUUGCGAGCCUGCAAAGGCGAAUGGGUGCUUCGGGAAAAGGGCUACACGGACUUCGACUGGAGCAUGAAUAAGGAAUUCGACGAAAGCGUCCUGUUGUGGCACAUCGCAACGUCUAUUAGCUACCAGAUGGGGGAGAACGGUGCCAACGCCGAUAAGACAACCGAUGAUCCGCAUAAGAAAGAGAAUUUCCGUCACGUUAAGAAUGAUACAGUGGAAAGUAACAAAGAUUUGGAAGCGAAUCAAUCUUCCGAAAAAGGCAAGGAAGCGAAUUGUGAUCAUCGUAAGAUAAGUAAGCAAAUAUCCGAUUACUUGAUGUAUCUUUUGGUCUUUCAACCAUCCCUGCUGCCUGCCGGGAUUGGGAAGAUCAGGUUCCAAGACACCUGUGCCGAGGCCAAAAGGUUUUUCACAGACAAUGCCAGAGAAAUUGAAUCGGAGGACCAGUGCAGAGAAGCUUCAUGGCUCAAGGUGACCAAAAAACUUGUCAACCCAAAAAAGAAGGAUCUGCCUCGGUUGGAAAAUGCAGCUUGCGAGAAGCUGCUGGAAGUCGCCAAGUCGGAUCCUGAACUCAAACCCGUAGAGGUGAAAGGGGACAGGAGCAAGUCGGUGCUGUUCGAUGCAUGCAAGCUCGCAAAGGACUUAAACGAGUUGGAGACGAGCAGGAGGUGGAUCGUCAUCAGUGCCGUGUGGGUGGAGAUGUUGUGCUAUGCGGCCAGCAACUGCAACUCGUAUUCUCACGCCAAGCAGCUGAGCCAGGGCGGAGAGCUCCUCACCCAUGUCUGGUUACUCAUGGCUCACAUGGGAAUUGGUGAACAAUACCGGAUCGAAGCAGGCCAUGCCAGAGCAAAACUUAUAGUCGACAUCUAAUUACAAGAACCUGAAAUUUUCAAUCCCUCGUAAUCCAAGAACGUAGAUCGCUCUCCCGUCCCGUCCUUCUCUUUUGGUUUCACAGCAUGAAAGAUGGUGUGACGUACUCAUGAAAAAUUGCAGAGGUGAUGUCAUCUCUCACAAACCUCUUCUGUGAUGAUCCAGUUCAGCACAAAUAGUAAGCAA